AGAACACUGUCCCAGCUGGUGAGUUCCCCACCGGCCUUGGCAAUAAAGUUGUUUCUGAUUCUGAUUUGCUGAUCUGAGCAGCGGGGAAAAGAUCAGCUUGGCAACUAACAAACUUGAGAUCAGCUCAGAGUGCUGCAGCCCGCUGGACUGAACGUGUCAUCGCGGCAGGUUAAUUUAAGACGUGUCCUUCUCAUCCCUCCCUGUAAUCAGAUUAACAGAUUAGUCACGUGGUUGGAGAAACUUCCAACUGGUCCUGGGUUUGUUUGGAGACUUCGAUGGACUGAGAAGAGACUUCCAUGUUUGCGGAGGGCUCGAGUCAAAGAGACGGAGUCCUUCCGCUGCGGUGAGAGUGUGGUAUUCUGGAGGAGGCGCUUGGUUGCUGGGUGUGAGAUAAUCCAGGGGAAGUCUGGUGGAACUGGAAGUCACAGAUGGAUUCUGAGAGACUCUGGGGUCACUCCUCUUUUCAGUGACCUGCUGGGAAGCUUGGAAGACUCGGAUGUUCUUCAGGGAAUCAGAGCAACAUGGUUGGAUGAUGGACUGCGGCCUCACAUAGCUGCCAGUCGCUGCUUCAAUUGGUGACUGACAUGGACCAGCGGUGGUGGGACGACACAUCCUGGACCCGGGAGGCCACGCUAACACCGAGCCCCGCCCCCACCUGCCCGGACUCGGUGUCAUGGCAGCCGUCCAGGGACGGUCAGCAACUGAUUGGCCGCAUCCUGCUGAAUAAGAGGUCCAAGAGUGGAGCGGACGACAUGGGAGCCCUGCUGGGACUGAAGGUGAUUGGUGGGAGGAGGAGUGAGUGUGGGGCUCUGUGCGCCGUCAUCACUCAGGUGAAGCGGGGGAGCGUCGCUGACACGGUGGGCCACCUGAGGCCAGGGGACCAGGUGCUGGAGUGGAAUGGACACCUUCUCCAAGGUGCCACCUUCAGGCAGGUCUAUGACAUCAUCAUGGAAUCCAAAGCAGAACCACAGGUGGAUCUGCUGGUGUCUCGGCCAAUCAGGUCCCCAAUCUCUGCUAAUGGCCAGCUUCACUCCAAUUCUGUCCCUGCCUCAAGAAGAGGACCGGUCUCAAGGAUCCAGAUUAAACUCUGGUACCAGACCCCCGGUCAUCAGCUUGUCGUCACCAUACUCGGUGCCAAAGAGCUACCUGUGCGAGAAGACGAGCGACCGCGGAAUCUCUACGUUCAGGUCCAGACGCUGCCCGAGACCAGUGAACCACGGCGGACCAAGAUCGUGAAGAAGUCCUUUGACCCUCGCUGGAACCAAACUUUUAUCUUCGGCCCAGUUCAUCUCAGAGACUUGACUCUUGAGGUCAGUGUGUGGGACCAGGUUCGAGUCCGAGAGGAGGAGUUCCUCGGAGAGGUUCUCAUCCAGAUGGACCCGCGCUUGCUGGACGACCAACCGCACUGGUACCAGCUGAAGGACACAUCCCACAGACUGGACACAGAGCCCUGGAAUAUCCACAAUGUCAAGAGGAGCCGCCUGGGCUCAACCCUGUCAAUUCCGGAUCAGGUCUUAUACUCUGGUCCUGGAAACGAUCUCUUGCAAAUCGACGAUCCGCUGUACCCCUUGUACCGCCAGGACGCCAUUCGGCUCCUUCGUGGGUCCAGACUAAGCCGAACCCAAUCAGAUGCUGGCCGCUACCACAGCCUGGACAGGGCGUUUUCCAGGACGGUUCCAGACCCGUAUGGACCCUCAGACAGAGUCCUUUGUGGUUCUGGCUCUGGGACUUGGCCCACACACUUGAGGAGCGGCAGCGUUGAAGACUGCAGUUUCAGGUCUUCACCAGAACCAUACCCACGGGGCCGCCAGCUACCGAACAUUCCUUCCAGAUCAACAAGAGUUCCAAUCCUCUACUCUCCAAACCCACCAGUGAUUCGAAUAGAAGGGCCUCCCCCACCUGGACACACCCCACCCCCUUCAGAACCCGCACAAAAAGUCCAGCCCAGUGCCGCAACACCAGUCCAAGCAACACCCUCCGCUUCUUCUCAAUUUCAAGUCCCGUCUUGUAUUUCAAAUUUUGUCAAGGCCCUUAACCCCCUUGCAUCACAAGAGCAGACCCCUCCACCCCCAUCCACACACGUCCCAGUUGCAACUCGUCCUGCACCCCAAGUUCAAGUACCUACCCCUGCAGUCAACAGGCCAUCUCCUCCUACCUCACAAGUUCAAACCACUAGUCCUCCCGCCUCUCAAGUCCAUGUACCGCCACCUCCCGCCCCAAAAGUCCAAUCUCCCCCAGUCCAAGCAGCGAGUCCCCCUUCCUCACAAAUUCACGCCCAACCACCACCUGCCACACAGGACCAGGCGACACCUGCUCCCACCGUUCAAGUUCAAACCGCGACCCUCCCAUCCACCCAGGUCCAAAGUCAAACGCCUCCUGCCUCACAAGUCCAACCCCCCCAGACCUCGACUGUGCAUGUCCAGGGUCUGCAACCCUCCUCUUCCCAAGCUCAGCUCACUUCAACCCAAAGCCGAGCUGUUCCAACCCCUGCAACUCUCCCCCCGGAACCAGCUCCCGAACCAAGCCCAGCCCCUUCACCUGUGCCUCCACCUGCUGAGGAAGCCGUGCCACAACCCUCAGAGACGGGGCGACGCUCCGUCACAUGGGAGGACCAGCAGAAGCAUGCAGUCAGUCUCGAGGGUAAGCAGUCUCCAUCUGAGGCAGAGGUUCCGGCAGAGGUGGAGGCGCCCAAAGAAGAGGCGGCAACUGAAGGAGCUACGCUGCAGAAGGGUGAAUCAGUGGAUGAGGGGGAUGAAGAAGAGCCUGAACCGGUCAAGCAAACGCCACCGCUAACCAAGGCUGCCAGUGUAAGCGGAGACAUCUGCUCACUAAGCCGCAACGACGACGACGAUGACGACAAGAAGCGGCGCUCGAGCUUUAGCGCCAAAAUGAUGGGCAUGGUCGGUCUGGGCAAGAAGAGCCAGAGUGCCUCCCAACUGAACCCAGAGGAUGAAGAGAAGAAGAAGAAAGUGGUGCGGCUGCCGGUGCAGAGGAGCAUUGAGACAGGGCUGGCCAUUGACUUCAAGACUCGUUUCACAAGGCAGCCCAGUCGCGACCCUGAUGCCGAAGAUCCCAAACCUGGAGCUCUCAUCUUCCCGGCAGUCAAGCUGUCAACAGACAAACAGUUCACUGGCUUUUUGGACGGCUUGGGGCCCGCUCAGAUCGCUGGGAGGCAGACGUUGGCUACGCCGGCCAUGGGUGACAUUCAGAUCGGAAUGGUUUUCCGGAAAGAACGAUUGGACGUGGAGGUUGUGCGGGCCCGAGGUUUGGUGGGAAAACAGGGGAACAAAAACACACCAGCUGCCUACGUCAAAGUUUACCUUUUGGACAAUGGCAAGUGUUUGCUAAAGCGUCGUACACGUCUGGCGAGAAAGUCUCUGGAUCCUCUUUAUCAACAGCAGCUGCAGUUUGAGGAGAAUCCAGAGGGAAAGGUGCUACAGGUGAUCGUCUGGGGCGACUACGGACGGAUGGACCACAAGUCGUUCAUGGGUGCGGCUCAGAUCUUGCUGGAUGACCUGGACCUGUCCAACAUGGUGAUUGGCUGGUUCAAGCUUUUUCCCGCCACGUCGCUGGUUGACCCUGCCCUUGCUGCACUUACCAACAAAGAGACUGUGGCAGUUUGAGGCAGCUGGGGAACUGAAGGGUCAUGUGACCAACGAUCUUACUAGUUAGCCACACGUACAAUGCAUUGGUCUCCAUGACAGCCAUUUUAUUGAAAUGUGACAUUGUCAUGCAACACAACAACAAAGAAAAACAAUAAAUAAACACAAGUACACGUACCAAAGCGGACCAGUCCACACAGCUAGCAGUAGCUAGCAUGUUAGUUUGAAAGAUUCCAUUUUUUGUAGGAAAAGUUACAGAUAUAAGAGUCACAUCGGGAACAAACUCUCGCUAGCAGCAUGUCUGACCUUGGUUACGAACACGUUUUCCUUGAAAUGCAAGCGUCAACCCUCCAUCUUUGGAAUGCUAGUCGCAGCUAGCAGGCUAGCAACUGCUCGUCGUCCUCUAACUUGGGACCAGAGGCUCGGCAAGACUCGGGGAUGAGGGCCGUAUGCACGAUCCCACAGUGUUCACAAGGACCCCCGCAACGACCACCGUCCUCACGGUGACGAGAGGCAUGACCUGCGGAGGUCGGGGGGCGGGGCUCAAGAACAGGUGAUGGAGCAGAGUCGGGAAUCAACAGUUCCACAUCAUCUAGGUCCUCUGGAGGCUGGAGACGGGGCCAGGGCUGGUUCUGAUCCGGAGCGCUGCGAGUCCAAGGGCGGGCCAGACGCUGCAGGUUCUGGACCAGGCGCUGCAGAGAAGAUGUAGACUGAACCUGAGGAUCCACUGUUGUGACAUCAGAAGGGGGAGGAGUUUGGGGCACAAGCUGAUUCCUGGCAGGGACCACGUCAGGCUCGGGUAUUGGCAGUGUUUUUGAAGGGAGACCGCCGACAGCUCCCCCGCGCUCUCGCAGAAGCUCCGCCUCUGAAUCCGUGUCGUCCGGGCUCGGAGGCGCUGAGCCGCUGCUAUUGUCCAGGUCCGCUGACACCAGUGCCAGAGGGGUGGGCCGGCGGGACCGGGAGAAGAGGCGAGGCCACAGGGUGUGGCUGCUGCCCCUGCGACCUGACGACGGCAGGCGGAGCGACGUGAACCCCAGUUGAGAGCGAACUGCCAGGCGCAGAUUCUCCAGCACAGAUGCCUGCGGAACACAGAAGCGUUAGCAUGAGGCACAUCAGAGGGGCUUUUCAUUCUGCUGACUCUGCUUCGAGACAAAGUGCAUUCAGCUCACGAGUCCGACGUGCAAACACAAGCAAGUCGGGUUUUGGCUGCAAACUUGAUCCCGGAUGCAGAGCUUCACUUUGUCUCGGGAACCCCCCCCACAGGGGGGUGAGCUUCUCACCUCAGGCGACUCGGCGCUAGAUGCCAGAAACAUGUACAGCGCGACUCCACACAAACAUGAUAGAUGUCGGGCAGUAAAGGGUCUGAUCGCUGUCUGGCUGGACAACAUCGUUCAAAAACAACUUGACAAACUCCCAGAACACUGAGGUGUGUGGUCGCAGCUGCAGGUGACUGGUGCUGUGGAGGAGUUAAUUGAAGAUCACUGGACUAUUCGCUGAUCAUUUCUGACGUCUGGAUCUGAACUUCACUGACUAAAACCUUCUCAAUCCUGAGUAAUAUUUCUCACUGUGUGCAACGUGUUGUGAGAGCAGCGUGGAUCAGUCAAGUGUUGUAAAAUAAACAUGACAAGAAUCUUC